UGACCUACUUUCGCAUAUCCCAGCGAAUAAAUUAUGUUUUUUAGAAUCAUUUAUAUGUUGACCGUUGACAUUAACAGUUUACAGUAGUGUGUUAAAUACACGUGUUAACCUCCAUGGGAUACUUCUUGAACACAGUUUUCCUUGACCUAUUGAAUGUAUGGAUAAUUUUUGACUGUAAAGGGGCAAUGCUACAAUGUGUUCAUACACUCAAGGACAAGGCUACAGUGUUAUCAUGUGUUGGGGUAUUGUCUGUGAUUACGUACACAAGUUAUUUUAUAACAAGAAAACAAGAGGACACGUUGGCUGAAUUGAAAACAAAACAAGAUAACGCGUUGGCUGAUUUGAAAACAAAACAAGAGGAAACGUUGGCUGAAUUGAAACGAAAACAAGAAGAACUGUUGACAGAAGCAAGAAGAGAGCAAGGGGAAAUAUUGGGUGAGUUGAAAAAAGAGUUGGCAGAGUUGAAAAAAGAAAAAGAAGCUGAAUUGAAAAGGAAACAAAAAGCUGCAAUAGAAAGGGAACAACAAGAUGACAUGAAAAGAAAACAAGAGGAAAAGUUGGCUGAAUUGCAAAGAAAACAAGAGGAAACAUUGGCCAAAUUGAAACAAAAACAAGAGGAAACGUCGGCUGAGAUGCUAGAAAACGAGGGGAAAAAGCUUCAAAAAUGGAUAGAAAAAGAGAAGAUAACAUUGGUGGAAUUAAUAAGAAAACAAGAGGAAACAUUGGGAGAAUCAAGGAAAAAGCAAGAGGAAACGUUGGCUGAAUUGAAAAGAGAACAAGAAGCUGAAUUGAAAAGGACACAAGAAGCUAAAUUGAAAAUGAAACAAGAAGAUGAAUGGAAAAGAAAACAAGAGGAAACAUUGGCUGAAUUGCAAAGAAAACAAAAGGCAACAUUGGCUGAAAUUCAAAGAAAACAACAUGAAAUAUUGACUGAAUUAAAAAAAGAACAAGAAGCUGCAUGUAAAAGAAAACAACACGAUGAAUUGAAAGGAAGACAAGACGAUGAAUUGUACAGAAAACAUGAGGAAAGAUUGACUGAAUUGCGACGAAAACAAGAGGAAACAUUAACUGAACUGAAAAGAAAACAAGAGAAAACGCUAGAUGAGUUAAAAGAAACCGAAGGGAAAAAGAUACCUACAUGGAUAGAGAAAGAGAAAAACACUUUGACUGACUUUAAAAGAAAACUAGAGGAAAUGUUAGGUGAGUUUAAAAGAGAAAAAGAAAAUGAAUUAAAAAGGAAACAUGAAGAAACCGUCUUUGAAUUAAAAAGAGAACAUGAUGCUGAAUCGAAACUCGACAAAGAAGAUGCGUUAAAAAGAAUACAAGAGGAAAUGUUAGCUGAAUUACAAAGAAAACACGGACAAACAUUGUCUAUGGUUGCUGAUAUGAAAACAAAACAAGAGGAAAUAUUGACGGAAUUGAAAAAAACCCAAGAGGAAACGUUGGCUAAACUGACAAAAGAAGAGAAGGACGAAUUAACUCUAUUCAUUGUAAAUGAGAAAAACAACUUAACUGAAUUGAUGAAAGAGCACACAAAGUUAAUUGAUAGUAUAGAAGAAAAGAAGCAAACAAUGCAAAAAUGUUUGUUUGAUGCAGCUCAAACUUUUAAUUCAUAAAUUUUCAGUCAUAUAAGCACUACUAGUUUUUGUUACCUACGCUACAUUGUACGUUUAUUUUCAUUUAAUACAAUCAAAGGAAAACACAUAUAAUUUACUUGAAUUUGACUUUUUUUCAAGAUUGCUUGUAAAAAGCGUAUUGAGAAAUAGAUUUAUUCUUAUUGAUGGCAAUAGGGACCUCAUUUUACAGUAAUGUAGAAGAUUUAUUCUUAUUUAUGAGCUCAACAUUAAACUUUAUGCAAGGUUGAGAAACUGCUUUCCUAUGAAAAAAUCCUUUGGAAUUUCUGAUUUUCGAAAAAAAAGAAAUGCACAAAGCAAAUCGAUGAUUUUGAAAAUUGAUGGCAUAUAGGGAAAUUUUUGCCUAUACAAAAAAAUUCAGAUUGUUGAGAAUUUGAAAUCCGUUUUGUUCUAUCGUCAAUGAACGUGUCAAACAUUUUAAUGUUUGUAGGCAUAAGGGCAUACAACUAAGAAUACAGAUAUACAUAUCGGAGUUGAGUGUGACGUCUAUUUUCGCUGAACUAGUUAACAUAUUUUAAAGGGCCAGCUGAAGACUGCCUCCGGUCGCGGGAUUUUAUCGCAUUGUUGAAGACCCAUUGUGGCCUUCCGCUGUUUUCUACUCUUUGGUUGGAUGGUUGUCCUUUCAUUACAUUUCAAAUUUCCUAUCUCAAUUUUAAUUGGUCAACUUUUUGUAUAAGUCAUACUGAGGUCGUUGCUUUUUGUCUUCCAAAUAUUGUCUAAAAAAAUCUAUUACAAAACGACAAUCGAUAUGAAUUCAAAUGCAGCAACAUGUCGAAGUUAUUAUUCAUUUUAAUAAUGACGUCAUUAUCUAUCUUAAUAAAGAAACGAGGUCCUUUUUUUUCAAGUAACGUUUUUAUCUCAUUAACGUAUUAUUAACUAUAUAAAACUGGAAUUGAUAGACACGUCAGUGUGGUGUUAUUCUGUUUUUUUUUUUGUUUUUUUUUUUAUAGAAAACUCUUUUUUUUAUCCAGUGAGUUUACUUUGAAAAUCGUUUUCAAGAAAAGUGCUGGAAGACUUAUUGGUCUAAGUCAAGGAUGUUGGUGAUCUCAUCAGAUCCAUCUAUUCUCUUUGGGAUGAUAACUUUAAUAUUUGUUUCUACUUAACUAAUUGUCUUGGUAAAAUUGCUCAAUUUUAAUGGGCAAAACGUAUCGUUAUUCGUUGGACACCGUCAUUAAAAGGCUGUAACCUCUGAGGAAAUGUUUUCAGUCAUAAUAAAUCUUGGUAGAUUUUGUA